AUGAGCUUUGGGAUAGAGAAAAUCAAGGUAAUUGAUGAAGAGGUGACGAAGCUAGUGCAAGCCAAGUUCGUCAGGGAGGUUAACUAUCCGGAGUGGUUAAGCAACGUGGUUCUAGUAGGGAAGUCAAAUGGAAAAUGGCACACCUACAUAGAUUUCACAGACCUAAAUAAGGCAUGUUCGAAGGACAACUUCCCUCUCCCUCGAAUUGAUCAGCUGGUGGAUUCGACCUCUAGGCAUGAAUUUCUCAGUUUUAUGGAUGCCUACUCGGGAUAUAAUCAAAUCCUAAUGCAUCGAGCUAAUGAAGAGAAAACAUCCUUUAUCACUGAGAGAGGACUAUAUUGCUACCGAGUAAUGCCCUUCGGAUUAAAAAAUGCAGGGGCCACAUAUCAGAGAUUGGUGAACAGGAUAUUUAAAGAUCAAUUUGGGAAAAUGAUGGAUGAAUACGUAGACGACAUGCUGGUGAAAAGCUUAAAAGUGGAGGAGCACUACAAAGAUUUGAGGGAGAUGUUUGAGCUAUUGCGCAGGUCAUCUAAUGCAGUCGAAGGAGGAGCGGGGAUUAUCCUCACGACACCAGAUGAUACGAGGACCCAAUAUGCAUUAAAGUUUGAGUUCUCAGCAACAAACAAUUACGCUGAGUAUGAAGCUUUGCUAGUAGGGCUGCGUCGGGCAGAGGCACUAGAGGUAACACAAAUCAAGGUAUCAAGUGAUUCCCAAUUAGUGGUGGAGCAGGUGAAAGGAGAAUUUGAGGCUAGGGAUCAAAAAAUGAAUAAGUAUCUAGCCAAGGUCCAAGAAUAUGCUAAAGUAUUCACUCAUUUCGAUAUAGAACACGUGCCAAGGGCUGAGAACACAAAGGCUGAUGCACUCACGAAAUUAGCCUCAACCACCGGCUCGGAAUGGAGGGAUGCUAUUUACCUAGAGCAAAUUGUAAAACCUUCAUACGAGGAGGGUAGUGUUAACUUGCUGGAUUCUGAAAUCAACGAGGGGGAUUGGAGGACGCCUCUAGUGCAAUACCUCUGCGACGGAUCCUUACUAGAGGACAAAAAGGAGUCUCUAAAGGUGAGGAGGAAGGCAGCAAGAUACGCACUCAUAAACAAAGAGUUAUACAGAAGAUCCUUAACACUGCCAUACCUGCGGUGCCUGAGUAAUGAAAAAGCAGAAUACAUACUAAGGGAGAUCCACGAAGGGGUAUGUGGAAAUCAUCUAGCCAGCAGGGCUUUAGCUCAAGAGGCUUUACAACAAGGAUUUUACUGGUCCACAAUGAGGAAGGACGCGGUUGAGUUCGUCAAACGGUGUGACAGGUCCCAGCGGUGCGCGGGAGUACCUCACGUGUCGUCUAAUCUUCUCUCUCCUCUGACCACUCCUUGUCCCUUCACCCAGUGGGGACUAGACAUUAUAGGGCCUCUACCUCCAGUGACCGGCCAAAGGAAAUUCAUGUUGGUGGCAAUUGAUUACUUCACUAUGUGGAUAGAGAUCGAAGCCCUAGCUCAUAUAACCGAGCGAAACAUCACACGAUUCAUUUGGACAUCGGUGGUUUGCCGGUUCGGAAUCCCAUGGGCCAUAGUCACUGACCACGGGAGACAGUUCGAUAAUGAGCACUUCAAAAAAUUAUGCUCCGACCUGUCUAUUAAACUCUUGUUCGCAUCAAUGGCACAUCCCCAAAGUAAUGGUCAUAUGGAAAAUAUAAACCGAACGAUAUUGUACAACUUAUGGAAACGGCUUGAGUCUAUGUAA